AUCAACCACUCGUGUUUGGCUUUACAAUUUGAUAUUUCUUGAAUCCUAUACAUUUCAUCAUGAUUAAGGUGGCUGUAAUCACUGAUUCGACUCGAUCCGAUUGUGCGCGUUCGUGUCAUCUUAUCAGAUAAACUCUUUCAAUUUGAUUCAAAGUUAAUAGGAACCGAUAUUUAUCGCCGAAGAAAAGAAAUUGUGAACCAGUGCUUUUGGGAUCAGCUUCGACGCUGAUCGAACAAAGUUACAGAUUCAAGUCUGUUUUUAGUGCUUCGAACAUGAUCCUCCUAAGUGUUUUAUUGUCACUGUGCGCCGUUUUUCGACCAGGCGAUGCCUUUGGUCUUCACGGAUUUCACUUUCGUGGUUUGGAAGAACCAGUUUCUUCAAACGAAACGUACGCUCAGAAUAUAAUCGAAGCUUGGAUCCAACAGCCUCUAGAUCAUUUCAACCCUCGGGACAAUCGUACUUGGUCAAUGCGAUACUUAGAAAAUUCAAAGUAUCAUAAGGAAGGUGGACCGAUCAUGAUCAUGAUAGGCGGAGAAUGGGAAAUAUCCACGGGCUUUUUAACGACUGGUCUAAUGUACGAGAUCGCUUCCACUCACGGCGCAAUGAUGUAUUACACCGAACAUCGUUAUUAUGGUCAAAGUAAACCGACCGAGGACAUUAGUUCGAAAAACUUACAAUACUUGAGCGUGGAUCAGGCUUUGGCCGAUUUAGCGUAUUUUAUCGAAACGAAAAAGGAACAGGAUCAUCUUCGGAACAGCACCGUCAUCGUAAUCGGUGGAUCUUAUGCAGGAAGUAUGGCAGCAUGGGCUAGACUAAAGUACCCUCAUCUUAUUCAGGGUGCAUUGGCUAGCAGCGCUCCGGUAUUCGCCAAGGCUGACUUUUACGAAUAUUACGAAGUUGUAACCGAAUCCAUUCGUAGACAAAAUGAAAAAUGCGCAGAUGACAUCAAAGCUGCGUUCGACGCGGUCGAGAAACUACUUUUCACCAAAAAUGGUCCGAAGAGAUUAAAAACUUAUUUCCACUUAUGCGAUGCACCUGACGUAAAAUCUCACAACGAUAUCGGACACCUCAUGAACACUUUAGCCGAGGGAUUUGCUGGCAUUGUCCAAUACGAUAACGUGGAAAAGAAUCAAACGAAAAUAGCUGCCUGUUGCGACAAGAUGACUGCCACGUCCUUAGGUAGUCCUCUUCAGAGACUGGCACACGUAAUUACAGACGGCAACAAGAAGUGCAUAGAAAAUAACUACCAGAAAUUCGUCAAACAAUACAGUAACGGGACGUGGAAAAAUGAUAUCAGCAGACAAUGGUAUUAUCAAACCUGCUCGGAGUUCGGUUAUUAUCAAACCACAAAUUCGAAAAACUCCAUCUUUGGAUCUCUAUUCCCGUUGCGUUUCUUUACGGAUUUGUGCGUCGAUUUGUACGGUGACUAUUACAAUGAAAAUUUCUUGGAUACGAGCAUCAGAAGAACGAAUAUAAUGUACGGCGGUUUACGACCUGAUCUGCGCAACGUAAUUUUCACCAACGGCGACAUCGACCCGUGGCAUAAACUUUCGGUUCUUCAAAACCUGAACGCGGACUCGCCUGCCAUACUUAUCAAAGGGUCAUCGCACUGUCGCGAUCUAUACAGCGACAACCUAGACACAGACGCCAAGGAUCUUGUUAACGCCAGAGCAAAUGUGCGGAAAAUUAUCGGCACUUGGCUCGCUUCCUAAACUUAUUAUACGAUUAGUCGGCAGAAAGAAUGAGAAACAAAAAUAUAUGUAAAAAGUAUCCGUUUAUUCCAUUGAUGCAGUCUUAUUUACAUAGUGACCAAUAAACAAUUACAUGUCA